AUGGCCGCCAUGGCAGCCUCCUCGCGGAGUGUUUGCAUGAUCGGAGGAGAUGGAGAAACGAGCUACGCCAACAACUCCCAUUUUCAGAGCAGGCUGAAACCUCUGGUGGAGGAGGCCAUAGCCACCCUGUGCCGAGCGGCCGUGCCAGGCCGCGUCGGGGUGGCAGACCUGGGGUGCUCCUCGGGCCCCAACUCGCUUUCUCUCGUGUCCACCGCCGUCGACUCCCUGCGCUGCCACCACCGCCUUCUUGGGUGCCAGUCGAGGCCGGAGGUCAGCGUGUACCUCAAUGACCUCCCGGACAACGACUUCAACCUCGUCUUCAAGGCGGUGCCGGCGUUCCUUGAGAAGCACAUGGGAGCAGGCGGUGACCAUGGCGAUCGGCCGCUGGUGCUGGUGUUCGGUGCGCCGGGGUCCUUCUACUGGCGCCUCUUCGCCGCCCAGACGCUGCACUUGGUGUGCUCCUCUUUCAGCGUCCACUGGCUCUCCAAGGUUCCACAGGAACUGGCCGAUGGCGUGCUGGUAAACAAGGGGAACACAUGGGCGGGGAGGACGAGCACGCUGGCCGUCGGCGCCGCCUACACCCGGCAGUUCGAGCAUGACUUCAGGCUGUUCCUGUCGUCGCGGGCCGAGGAAAUCGUGCCAGGCGGGUGGCUGGUCCUCUCGCUCGCCGGCCGGCCGGGGAAGGACCUGUCCAGCCAGGACCGGCAGUCGGAGUUCACCGCCGAGGUGCUCUGCGACAUGGCGGCCCGUGGCUUGGUCGCCGCGGAGGACGUCGACGCGUACAACGUCCCCUUCUACGCCCCCUGCGCCGAUGAGCUGCGCGCCGCGGCGGAGCUGGAGGGGUCGUUCGAGGCCGUCCGCUUGGAGAGCCACGGCGUUCUCACCUGCGACGCCGACCCCGCCAAGAGCGCCGCCAUGGCGAGGUCCCUCCGCGUGCUGAGCGAGUCCACGCUGGUCCGGCAUUUCGGCAGGGUGGACGACGACGUCGGGGACGAGUUUGCCAGGGCAGCGGAGGCGCGCUACAGAGGCCCGCCCGCGCCGCUCAUGAAAGGCGUCGUUCACGUCCUGUCCCUCAGGAGAAAAUAA